AUGGCUAAUCUCCUGGAUGACUCGGAAGUUACUAGGAACCUCUCAGACUUGGAGGUUUCUUCCUCGGAUGGACAGCCUGAAGCUGCUCUUGCCAACGAGUUGCCACCCGAACUCCUGGUGUACAUUUUUGGAAUUGCACAGAACCUCCUACUCCCAUCAGAGCAUCUAUUUCGGCAAUUUCCUCUUGUACUUGGGGAUGUCUCGCAUUACUGGCGCCAAGUGGCGUUUGGAGCGCCCAUGUUGUGGUCGAACGUGGAUAUCUCGCAUCCUCGGGAUCUCACUGUUUUACGAGCCUACCUCGACAGGUCCAAGGACUACCCUAUUGAUUUGCACCUCAUCUAUGAUAUCACCCUUCCCCAAUAUGAGAAGGCAGAUCCGAGCGAUGUCAAUCAGCUCAUUGUUAUCCUGCAACCCCAUUAUUUUCAUUGUCGUUCCAUCAGACUCAGCGCUGGGACAUAUCCCGAAGCCACUCCAGAGAUGUUGAGCCUCCUUGGGUCGAUGCGCGACGGUCAUUACCCUAUGCUACAGAGUUUUCUCGUCGAGGGUGCUGAAAUGUAUGACACGAUAAAAUCAUGUGCGAUUUUAAACGAUGCUCCGAACCUUACCAACGUGCGCUUAGGAGGCCUGGGUUUAAGCUUCUGCCGACCUCCUCUCAAUGCCGUCACUGAGCUUCAUUUAGCAGUCACACACAGUCUCAUUUCCUACACCGACUUCUCCAAAAUGUUACGAUCCUGCGAGUCAUUGAUCACAUUGUGUAUCUACGAUGAUUUGGUUGACCCAUGGCCAUCUGGUCAGCCAUUAAUCCAUAUACCCUCCCUCCGAUACCUACGGAUCUUUGGAAACAUGAUGAGUGUCUCUCAGUUUCUACUCUCCAUUUUUGUUCCAGAUCUGGAAGAACUCACCAUUGCUCCCAUCGCCAAGGCCGACCUCACCAUCCUUCAAGAGGAUGUCUCUCACAACACCCCAAGAUUUCCUGCACUAAGGUCUCUGACCCUUGCACCCUGUCGUGCUUAUGCCAUGGCACGAACUUUAGGCCUUGCGUCGAUAUGCUUUCCCGGGAUAGAGUUACUUAUUCUUCCCAAAUAUUAUAGCAAAUGUUUUUUAAUGUCUUUCGUGACAGACGAAGCCGCCCCUUUGUGGCCAGGGCUUCACACCCUCGCGGUGCGUGACAUUGAUGGCAGGUGCAACCAACGUGUUUUAUAUGAGUUCGUCGAGGAACGCCAACGUCUAGGUGUGCCCUUGCGCGCGUUAUACUUGGAUUCUUCAUCGGUGCCCAAAAUGACUCGAAUGGAUUGGCUCAAGGAUCAGUUAUCGGUGGUAGAGGUGGAUCCUUGGUGGAUACAAUGCGGGGAUGCCUUCUAUAGUGGUGAACAAGAUCGGUUUCUAGGAUCAGGCGGGGAUGAUCCUGAUAUUUCUUGA